CGAGGCGGAAGAGCAAAUUUCGUCAUGUGUACGUUCGCGUGAGUGGAAUCGCGGGCGAAUGGGGAAUCCCCACUUUUGCGUUGGAGAAUCUGGAUAGGACACGGCGGUAGGUGUAGCUACGGAGAGAAGUAAGUUCAUUGAUCUUGGGCUAGACCGCGAAAGUCCAAACUCACGAGUUUGUGCAGUUAUACUUAUACGCGCUGUACAUUUUUUGCGCGCGAUUUGCGGACGAGAGCCAAUGUCGAUCGAGUUGCGAGAACGGAAUAAAUUAAGCGCGGUGAAUUUUUUUUGCUAGCGUAGAAUUGCUGAUUGGGUUUUUUAUUGACACAUAUUAUAAUUGAGAGGAUUUAGGUUGCUGGUGACCGCAAAGACUUAACUAUUUUGUAAAUGGGUAUAUUGAUAACGGAUUAAAAAUAUUCGGUCAUCCGAAAAUCUACUUUGCGGUUUAUUACAAAAUCGUUACAAAAUUCCAAGGUGAAUUUAUUAACAUAUGAAAAGGACGAGUUGGUUAGAUAGCGCGAAACCUCUAAAAUAUUUUCGUUUGUAAUGUUGAUUUAAAUACUUCUGCCGUUUUUAAUUCAAGACGCAUUAUAUACAUCAAGAUGAGUUUCGCUAUAAUUGUCGAAUACUUUCUUGAACUUUUCCAUCUAUUUAUCAACCUACGCAUUGCAUGGAUACGAGAUAAAUUUAUGCAGAUAUUUUAUUACAAGAUAUCUUUCGGGGAAAUACAGUUCAUGGAAGAGAAUAUUGAUUUGCUAAAAAGCUUAUAUAAGACUGUAAUAUCAUUUUUAAAUCAGGAGUUCACGCGGUUGCGUAUUUUGAUUUUUAAUCAUUUGUAAAGUGUAAAAUACUAUGAUGAUUAUCCAAACUCUGAUACUUAACCGACUGCCAGAUAUUGGAUAAAUUUACAGCAUCGGAAUGCGCAAUUUAAUUGUAAAUUUUGUUGACAUAAACGAAGCAAGCAACAGAUAAAAAAAGUAAUAACAAUUCAAGCCAUUUCGAAUUCUGGGCCACUAGGCGAACAAAAGGUUCUCCCCAUACAUCCCCAUCAAUUAUCCCGACACCCAGACGAGCAUUAAAAAAUCCUCACGUGCCCUUAAGUCUCGUUCCCAACGUACUGCAUUCCCGCAGGUAUAAAGGUUACCAAGUCGUACAUAUUUCCAAGCUGUGUAUAGCAUCUCCCGGAAUUUCCUUCGGCCUUUAUCUUCUUCGGCGUAUUGUAAUGAAACGCCGGGAACGUUCCGGAGCGAAGGAAAACCUGCGCUGCCUGCUUAAGUGUUUGGACCCACAGAUGGAACCAGCGAUACGUUGCAGGGACUGGCUGGGAGUCGACUCCCUAAGGGUUUUCAGUUUAGAGGUGGAAAUACUCGUAGGGAUAGCUAUAUAAAGUGUGGAUGAGCAAGAGCCAGCUUCAGUCAGAAUUCCAUUCUCGCACCUGAAACUUGUAGUCGCCACGUUCGGAAGAAAGAUGAUUGGAAAGACGAUUGUACUGCUUUCGCUGCUGUUGCUGUGUGUUGUGUUUACACCGGCUCAAAGUGAUCCUUUGCGAAGAAAAGCAGAAGAUAGACCUACGACGCUCAACCGACAAGGCCGAACAUUCGGUUUCAAUUGGUUCGGAUCUCGCGAUUGGCCACAGUUUCGUCAGAUCUGGAGGCUGCCAAGUUUCCCAACGAUAAACGGCAUGUCGAGCUUCUUCGAGGACGAACAGUUGCACGAGAACUUCCACAAGAGAAUCUCAGACCUGGAAAAUGGACAGCGACGCAUCGUCAACUAUCUUCGCAAGCUUAGCGCCGAUAAGAAUGCAAAUGGACCCAGCAGCAGCAGCAGCACUACUACACAGCUGCCGGAGUGUCUCCCAACACCGGUCGCGGAUUCCGUUGAUCCUCCAGCGGUUCCCAUUAACGCCACGGGAAUUGCCCCAGAACCGCAAACUUCGACCGCCGCAUCCACGACGACCACAGUCGAGACGAGGCCGAAGGACGAAAAAACCGAAGCCGCGACGACCAUCGACUACGUCACGACGGAGAGCACGACCAGCGCUGACAAAUUCGCUGAUAAGAACGUGGAAGCGGUUACUGUGCCCACGAAGGUUUCGGAGGAGUCAUCGAAAGGCGCUGACGAGGAGACCACCGUAGCGCCCGAAAGUUACGAUUCCGAGGAAACGAAUGAAUUGUUUGUGUGAGAUGGUUUGGGGGGAACUUCUGUAUUGACUGAUGGUAUGAGCGAAUCUUGACUGAAUGCGAUGUUUACUUUUAGAAAUUUUAGUUCGGUUUAACUUUUCGAUGCGACUUUUGAGACUGCGAACGAUUAUUGUUUGGAUUUAUUUGUUAAUUAAAACUCAAGACUGACCGAAGAGUUAUUUGUAAAUUGUGGAUUGAAGGGAUACACGACUUAGUUUUUAACGAUAUAGAUUAUAAGAGUGGAUUUUGUAUGCUGUGCAUUGACUGAAUUUGAUUACUGAAACGAAUAAAAGGAUAUCAUAUUGAAAUGC